AUGUUUUCAAUUAAAAACAGCAUUAUUGGCACUUACAGUGUCUUUGACGACAGCAACAAGAAGAAAUCUUUCGAGAUUUCCCGUUGGAGCGGCUUGUUGCAAUUUUUUGUAAUUCUGUUCACUCUGGCAGAGGAAGUUUGGUAUUUUCUUCGGAGACCAUUCUUGUUGUUUCAACUGUAUCACGAGUUCAACAAGAACGACUACAAGAUUACAGUCUUUCCAAUGAGUUUCUAUGGUUUAACUCAUGUGACUGUUCAACGGUGUCUUGGUGUUCACAACAUGCAUGAAACCAUUCAAAGAGCACUUUCCUUGGCAUUCAUGUCUCUUUCAUUUGUCUUGUCAUUCACCAUAAGUAACCAAAUUGCUGGAAUUGAAGAAGAUAGAAAGAACAAGCCAUGGAGACCUCUCAUUCGUAAGCUUUGUUCCAUUGAUUUUGCUUACUUGCUCCUCAUUCUCUCCACUGCAGUCUAUCUCAUUCAUGGUUAUGUAGAGGAUGUCUUUUGGUAUUGUGUGGUAUGGGUAAUCACUUUUGUUUUUCACAAUCACUUGAAAGGUGAUCAACUGUGGUGGUGUAAAAACUUGUGUAAUCUUGUUGGAGCUUUUUGCAUGCAAAGCUCUUGCUGCAAGAUGAUGACAGGUGGUCCAAUCGAUGAUUUCUCAACUCUAUUUUUCGCAGUCACGAGUCUCUACUUUUGGGCCAUUAUUGACAUGCAGGAUUUUAGAGAUGGAAGGAGACAAGAUUAUUGGACGUGA